AUGUUACAUUUUUUGUAUAUAUACGUAUAUAAUUUUGAAAUUUAUCAUAUCAAAGUGCUAAUUAUUGUUAUAUUUUUUCAAAUAUCGGAUGCUAUUUCAAAAAGCAAUAGCCAAAAUAAAAAUAAUAAUGAUGGCCAAAUUCCCGAAGCUAGUAGAAUAGAUAGUUCUGAAGAAUCUGCUAGCGAUGAAAGUAUUAUUGAAUAUAGUUAUAAUAAAAAAAGAAAAAAAGCAAAGGUUAAAAAAUCAGUUGGCAGGCCUGAGGAUCCUGUAAAUAAAGAGUAUAUUAAACUUGGAAUACGAGAUAAACAUGGGCAUGUAGCGAUUAAGUGUAAAUACUGUAAAGAAAUUGCACAACGAGGACAGCCUAGUGAGAAAUCACAUUUAGCAUUAGAAUGCAAAGACGUACCAGGAGAUAUUAAAAAAAAAUAUUUACAUAUUAUAACAAAUUCUAAAUCUUCAAAAAAGAAGAUGAAAAUUGAAAUUCAAUCCAAAAUUACUGACAAAUUUCAAUCAACCCAUAUAGAUCAAAGUCAAGAAAAUCUUAUUAACAAAGCUUUAACUCGCUUCUUUACUUGUUGUAGAAUUCCUUUUUGGAUUGUUGAAAGUCUUUUUUUUAUUGAUCUACUUAAAAAUCUUAAUGUGGGUUAUAAGCCUCCUAGUCGAAGAACUUUAAUUCUUGACGGUUGGACAAGCGGAUUACACCAUUCCUAUUAUGCAUUUGUUAUUAUUACUCCCGACAGAUAUCAAUAUAUUCAUUCUGUCCAAGAUUUUUCUUCUUAUUCACAUACUGGAAGCUUUUUAUUAAAUGAAAUAAUUGAAGAAAUUGGACCAGAAAAAUUCAGAGCUGUGGUUUCAGAUGGCGCCACUGCAAUGCAGCUUGCAAAAAAUCUUAUUAUUGAAGACGAUCCUCGUGCACUUAAUAAAAAAUUAAGAGGCUAUGUUACAAGUCGUGAGUUUUGGGCCAAUAUUAAAUGUCUUCAUAAAGUUCUUGAACCUGCUAAAAUUGCCGUUAAAACUGUUGAAUCGUUAAAUAUUAAGUUUGCCGAUGUGUUUUUAAUUUUAAUUAAAAUGGCUAAUAUAAUUAAAGCUAUGCCACUUACGGAUACAACUCUUGAAAGACUUGAAUUUUGA